CCACAGACAGAGACUAUCAUAAAGUACAGCAUUAAAAAAAAAAAAACAUAGAAGGUGCGGGUAUAUAUUCCUGACUGGAAAAGUUAUGUAAAUUGCAUUUGUUGAUUUGAAAUCGUGCGCCAGUCUCUAAUUAUAUUCUGCAGGAGGUGGACAGAGUUGGAGCUGAACUGAGAGAACUGAAGUUUAUCUAACACAGUUCCUGCUUGUUGGUCUGAGAGGUGCAUUUAUUUGAAAUGGUAGAGGAUUACAAGAUCUCCUCCAUUGAGAAGCUCCAGUUAAUGGAGAAGGAACUGGCAGUGCAGCUGUUGGAACUGAAGACAGAGAUUGAAGAAAAUGGAGUUUUACAAGGAACACCUGCAAGGUCCUACAGCUCUGUGCCUAUUCCAAAAGAUAUCUCCUACUUCAGGAAAGAGAGGGAGCUAAUCUUGAAAAAAGGCUUGCAGGUAGCUGAAGCCAGUCCAGUAGCUGCUCAGGCUGAUGUGAUGGAGAGGGAGCUGGAGAGCUGUCUGAGGAAGGAGUACACACCGGAGAGCCUCCCGCUGCUGCUCCACCAGUUCUACACAGAUCGGAUUUCCCAGCUGGUGCAGUUUAAAUAUCUGUGCAUGUUGAGGUGGAGAAGGUUUUGUCAGCACUCUGGUAUAAUGGAACAGCUCUAUCCUCUGUACAAGAAACAAAUGGAGUAUAUCAUGAAGGAGUAUGACGACACCGUGCAGAGAGCUCGGAGACUGUCAGUUGCCAGGGAGAGUUUUCUGACAGAAAAAGGGCUGUCGGUUAAUGCUGUGACCCAAGAAGACUUGGUGAUCUACCUGCAGUGGCUGGUGUGUCAUCUUCAGUCUGUCAGGACCAUCCACAACUACCUCCGGGUGCUGCAGUACCUGCCUGUGUCUGAGAGGAUGGAAGUGAGCAACACAAGAAGCUCUGAUGGAGUUCAGGACCCUGGUGACACAAUCAGCCUUAGUGACUCCCUGUCCUCCUUCCCGCGCUUUCAAGCACGCCCCAGCACAGCAGUGUCCAGCCUGUCCAGCUCAGCAGGAAAACCUCUCUCAUCAUCCCCACUCCAAAGUGGACUUCACAUUAUGGCUUCUUCCAUGAGCAGUCACACAGUUAUCACAAACUUUGAUGGACUGUAUAGAAGUAAGGCCACUGGAUUACUGCCAGUCCAGCAACUGGAACUGAAAGAGUUUAAACCCCAGCUCCAGUACCUGAUUUCACACUUUGAUAUUGACUACAACACAGAAGACCUCAGAAACACUGCAAAUGAGAUGGAACUAUUUACUCUGGUUGCUCGUAAAUUCAGGAUUAUCUUUAAGAAACAACAAACUAUGAAAACCUUCCCGAUUUACGGUGCCACAGAGUCAGGGACAGAUCAGUGGGGAAUGAAGAAACCCAGCAUGGCAGUAAAGAAACAAGCUAACUGGAUUCCAUUUAUAAAGAUAACAGCCAAGCAUGAUCCCUGGCAGCAAAAAAUGAUAACAAAACUAAAGCAGGACAGAUCUGUGGAUGAACUGCUACGCUUGCAUUCCAAGUUUUUCCAGGUGUCUGAUCCAGACAGGUUGAUGGAGGCCCUUAAAGAACAUGCAGCCACCGUUUUUGAGCCUGAGCCCAUCCAGCCCUUAUCAGUGACAUCACAUCCCACUGGACAGCACACCAAUCAGAUCUGGAAGAGAAUAUACAGCUCUCCAGACUUGUUUCAGGCACCUAUACCUGAAGAAAGCAGUCUAUCUGAGUUAAACGAACAGGAAUCAGAGAGUGUUAACCAGAGCAAACGCCCUGGCUCUCAGAAAAAGAAAAAAGAAGAGGGCUAUUGCUACAUGGACACCAUGCAGCUUCUGGGGUUAGAUGAUGGCAAAGAGGAGAACAUCAAAGACCCAGUCAUGAUGAGAGGUGCCUACCUGUCCUUCCUCUACCUGCGUCACCUGCGAAUCAGAGAGCUGCAGCGCAUAUGUCUGGGAUUUCUGAACUACUUUCGCUCUGUGGAGAGGACCCUGACCUUCAGCAUUGCAGGCCUCAGCCUAGAUGGGGUGAAGCUGACCAAAACAGCUGAGGAUUCCUGCUGGGUGAACGCGGCUAGAGGGGGCUCUGGUACUGCUGGGGGGCUGGGCUCUCACCAGUAUCUCUACAACACACCUGCUGACUACAAGGUCCACAGCGCUGAGUUCAUGGAAUUCCCUGAGGUUGAAAACUAUGAUGAUUUCUACACCACAGAGGACAGCUAUAUCCACACACAGGACCAGAGAGGAGUGUAUAUCAUGUAUGACGAGGCUAUCAGGGACCUGCAAGAGCUGGAGAAUGUGCUUCUUCUUGUGGCUUCUCAGUACAUCAAGAAAGACAAAGGUCACAAAGCCAGCAGACACUCCCAUUCUUCAGCUUGCCUACAGACCCCUGGAAUAAACCUGCAUGCCUGGGCACACAUGGAUGUUGAUCGCUUUGCAGUUUUGCUUGAGCUGUGGACCUGUGAAGCUGCUUUUCUUAAAAAUAAACAGCAGCUCCUGGAUUGUUAUUUUGAGGCCUACCAGCAUGUGUUGGAUCACGAGGAAAGGUUUGCGUUGGCACAAGUCAUAACAGACAUCAUGCACAAGAGACCCCGGCUUGAGAUCAGCAGCCAGUACUUUGUCACGGCCUACGAAGAGGAGUGCAUCUGUCUGCAGUACCACCAGCAGCUCGUCAAGGACAUCCUCAACAAGCAGAUAGAUGAGCAGCGGCAGUACGUCCAAAGAGUUUGGAGGGAUGGUCAGAAAGGAAAUGUAUAUGAAUUUGGCCUACCUCCAAACUAUACCCCCAAGCAACUCAUUGCCAUCAAUAGCAGCAGCUCUGCUCUGAGGAAUGUGUUUCUGCUGGAGUUCCACCCAUCCCUCGGCCUGGCUCCCAGGAUCCCCCAGGCACUGAACCAGGCUUACAACGAGCUCUGCCAGCUUCACAGGCCCCGGUCUGUCCAAGAGAGUGUCGCCCUGGAGAAGCAGCUCCUGCAGCUGGCUGUGGAGAAGUGGCAGGCUCUGGAGCUGCUCGGAGCCUCCUACAGCAUGCCAGUACAAAAGGAUCUAUUUUCAGGUAUCUUUUUUGAAGACCCUUUCUUUGUGAGAGAUGUUGGGUUUUCAGCACUGGAGUUUGCUGAGGAGGGUGAAAAGAAACAGGGCAGAGAAAAGCAAGCCUUCAUUGUGGAGACCUUCUCCAGACUUCUGGAACUCAUCACACUCCGCCAUCGCUUGAUUGAGUGUGCCUCAGAGACUGCACAAUUAGCUCAGUUGUACAGGACCUUCUCUGCAGAGAUGGGCUUCAAUGAGUUCCACUUGUACCUGCGGGCUGUGCAGUUUGAGUUCGCAGCUCACAGGGAGAAGGCAGACCAGCCGCCCCCUGUGUUCAUCACUGCCCUGUUGGAGGAUGACAGCCAGGUGGACAGAUACACUCCAUCCAGUUUGCCUUUGGCGAUUCAAGAGAUUGAUGAAAACCAAAUUGGAAAGUUCAGUUUUCGGACCCAGGAAGCAGUACUUCAACUGCUGUCAACAUCUGGGAUAGAGAACAUGCAGGUCGUGCUGGCCUGUCAGGUGACGCAGAAGAACGCCCUCAUUGGUGCAGUGAAGCAGGCCUCUCUCUGUCACCAGGCCCAGCAGCCCUCUCAGAAGGCAAAUGACACACAGGUUCAAAGAGGGUCUGCUGGCUCAUGGAGUCGAGGGAGCUCAGCGACUGGACCAAAUUCCUUAGCUGCUAAAGAGCUAGAGAGCCAAUUUACUGAACCAGGCAAAUCCUCUAUUGCGGCAAGACCUAAACCAGGGGCUGGGGCUAGAAGAAGGCCUCCUGAAGCUUUUGUGUCAAUUCAGUUAGAGAAGGCAGGCCUUCGUGAUGUGAUGCUAAACACAUUCAUUAGCAAGAAGCAAGCUAUGGGCACCAUCAUGAAGAGUCCUGAAGAAGCACAAAAAGUUAAGAGGGGGCUAAUUCUGGAAUUCUGUCAAAAGUUCUGCCGUCGUAUGUGUCAGUACUCGCUGAGGGGUCAGAUCAUUGAAUAUUAUAACAGUCUGGCAGCACUGCUGGAGGACAUCCCUUCCAUCAGGGACACCUACUUCAUGCUGGGCCAACCACACGAGAAGAAAGGAGAGAGGGACUCUGAGGAGGGGCUCAACUCUGAUCCCCGGUGCUUCCAGCGCAGACCUCGCUGUUUACUCUCUGGAGACGGGGAGUCAUUCCUUAACCUGUGGUUCAUCCCUCAUUUCUCAGAGGUGUUAAUCAUGUUCAAGUCCCUGGAGGAAAACACCUGCCUCAGAUUACUUCAGCAGACCCUACAGAUUGUGGGAGCGUUGCACGACAUUGUCUCCUACCUGGUCAGCUUCGCUCGCCUCGGAAACUGUUCAGCUAUCAGCAGCUCCAGAAAGCCCAAGCAGCUCACUGCCGACUGGGGAGGAACAGAAGGAAUUGGGGCUGAGCUUCAGGAGAUUCAGAAACAGAUCGAUGACCUCUGUGAUCCAGCCAGUCCCCAGGAAGUAGGCAGGCUGCUGCAUCUUCGAAGAGAUGUCCUGUUCUUGCAGUUCGACACAGGUGUACGCCACUUAAUCAGGGAAGCUUUCCUGGCAGCAGGCAACAAAGAGGCCUAUCAGACAGUCACUGACAACAUGUACCACGCCUUGCCUGCCCUGAGUACCUCUGUCGUCAGCAGCAUGGGCAGCUCGCAGAUUUCUGUGCCCCAACCAUUAGAUCCACUUAGUACCAGGGCUCAAAGGUUGUUUCCCUGGAGAAGUUUCCAAGCAGGACACAGUACAUUCCCACUCUCUAUCUGCAAUAUUCAACCAAUAGAAUACAAUAUGCAGCUCUGUCUCUCUGGGCUGAAUGACCUUAAUCGCAACGUGGCCAAUGGGGAAAUCCUGGGGGUGUCAUUGCUGAUGGAAGAUGUCCUUCAGAGCAGCCAGCUUGCCAUUAGUGGGGCAGCAGAGCUUGAAGAUCAGCUGUCUCCAGUAGAAGGGAAGGUAUCUUCUUUCCAAGCCCUGCUGCAGGACCAUAUAGAAGUGUACACCCUGCUGAGAGCCUUCCUGGUGCUGUGGAAACAGUUGGAGGUUUUUAAGGCAGAGUGGGGCCGGCAGCAGCUGGGCGUGGAAGACAUUAACACAGUGUCCCUCUACAAUCAGUUCUCGAAGAUCUACAAAGUGGAGAUUCUGCACCCCACCAUGAAAGUCAUAGCCAGACAGCUGGGUAAAGAAGACAAGUUUGAAGGACUGGUGAGCGACACGCAGCCCAUCCUGCUCCCCAAAGGAGCUUCUGAGGUGGAGACCAAAACACAUCAGCUUCAUAAACUGAUGGAAAGUCUGGAGGGCCACAUGAUUCAUGCUGUGCAGAAAAAGAUCACGAAGGAGCUGACGCUGGUCAUAUCAGAGAGGGCGCGGCAGGACACAGGGCUACCAGCAGAGCUAUGGAAGCACCCUGUCAUGAAGGAAAGCUUUUCAGCUGUCAGACCCCAGAUUGUUGAAAGUUUUGUGCAGACAUUGCUGGGCAGGUGUGAAGAGAAUAAAGACAAGAUUACAUUCACUAAAGAUCAUUUAGAGGCGUGCCUUACAUCUUUGGCAUGUGACGUCAUGGCCAGGGAGCGCAGUAAUUUUGAGACAUACUCCAUGUUUUAUGAGAAUAUCCUUCAGCAGGAACAUCAACUGCUUUUCCAGAAGGAACAGGAUCUGAAGACAUUGGAAGAAUCCAAGACACAGUGUGAAGGACCUGAGAGUCAGACUGCAGAACUCAGUCAUGAGAUGAUUGUGGAGAUUACUGCACUGAGGGCCAAGCUGUCUGAUCUAGAGGAAGAAAAGCAAAGCCUCAGGGAAGAGGUCAGGAAAGAGGUCCAGCAUGAAUAUGAAGAGCUCGUACGAAGCAUGUUUGUAGCAUGUUAUAAUUUACAGGUGAAGUUAGAUGAAUACCACAUGAGGAUGAACGAGGACGUGAGUGAGCUGGUCAGUGAGGUGCGGCGAGAGGGGGUUGAGAACAUAAUCAAACUGAAGAAGAAGUAUGGCUCCACCAAAGAUGAUGAGGCACUGAAAGGAACCUUGGCAAGGCAAGAGGAGCUGCAGGCACUGCGAGGGGAGAACAGCCGUUUGGAAGGCCUGCUGUUUAAGCUCAAGUCCCUGGGCUGCUGGAGACAAACUGUGAAACAGGGCCAGCUUCGCAAGCAGCUCAGACACCACCAGCAGGAGGCAGUGCUGCACAAGAAGGAGUGCCUGGCAGUGAAGAUGAUUGCAGAGGAUGAGGAGAUCCUGCUCCGCCAGCAGCUGGAGGCUGUGAGGCAGGCUCUGUCCAAGUGUCAGAAAGAGUACAAGACCAUAAAGAAACAGCUAGGCAAGCAGAGACAGCUGCUGAAGGAGUCUGAGCACCGGGCGGCCCAGGAGACUCGCAGCCGGCAGCACCUGGACAGCAUGAAGGCAGCUAACCUGUGCCGGCUGCUGGAGGACGUGGAGGAGAAGGAGAAGCAGCUGCUGGUGCUCACUGGAGAGCUAGAGGACAACUGCAAGAUCACCCAGCUCCAGAACCACAAGACAGACAAGGAGAUCAGACACGUGAAAAGCCAGCUUUCCCUCGAACGCAGCUUGAAGCAGGACGCUUUCCAGCGAGUUGACGAGCUGCAGAGCCAGGUGUACGACAUUGAAGCCACUCUGUCCCAGAGGAACUCCUCCUCAGGUGUCAUUAAGAAGUCCCUGACGUCCAGAAGUGCAAGCAGCGUCAGAAGUACACUGCCAGGCUCUGCAAGCUGGAAUUUGCUGUCGACACACUCAGCCUUCGUCCUGUCAAGAGACUGUCAGCAGCCCUCACCCACACCGGACAGGAUGGCUGUCGACAGCAUCGGCACCACUGGCAAAGACACACGGCUUCAAAGACCCAAAACUGUGCCAAUUAGGCUCAGGAACAAGGUUGCAGAAGCUCUCUUACCAGACCUUGAAGAAGUCAACCCCCACAGGCUGAUCACACAGCUGCAGGACCUUCGACACUGCAAGAAGUAAUUGAAGAAGACACACCCAGGACCUUGGGAUACCAGCACAGCACCAAAGAUGACUGUUACGGAACUAGGGUACAGUCAUACAGAGUUAAUGUGUAGGGUCAGAAACGUCAGUCAUUUCACUGGAGACUGUUUUAUGUGUUAAUCAGUUGGUUGGUUGAGAAUGUUCUAGCUUAUCAAGAUUCCCGCCAGUGUUUUAGCAAUGUUUUGUAACAGCAUACCCUGCACUAUGUGUAAGUUCUCACUUCUCAUCCAUGGGAGACUCAGCCUUCUCCCUCCCAUCCUGGAAGGGUCAGCUCAUGAUGCAUAUCAGUGAGAAACUCAUUAAAUCGGCUGACAUAUAGCAUCCCUAUUUACACUGCAUUAUCAAGACCAGCUCCUACACCCAAAGCAAAUAAAUGCAUCUUUGUGUCUUAUGAAACUGCAUGCCGUGGAAUUUGGGGGCUUUUGUGUAGCUUUAGCAGUAAGGAAGGAUUUCUGGCAUUUACUGUAAUUAUGCAGAUUCUUUACAACAAUUAUCUACAGGGCUGAAGUUUUUAGACAGUAUGCUGUUGCAGACAAACGAAUAAUGUGUAAUUAUUUUUUGAGUAGUAUUGUAAAAAUAAUUAGGUUGCUUAACAUGUAAACGAAAAUAACUGUCAGGUUAUUCCAUGAACCACAUCUGUUUAUACUGUAUAUGUGUUGCAAUUGUUAGAAUGUGAUGGAUUUUAAUG